CCGGCUCUUCUCUUCUCAUUCUCUUCUCUUCUCUUCUCUUCUCUCUUCUCUCUCUCUCCUCUGAGAGCCCAUACAAGCCCACCAUGGAUGGAGUACUAAGAAGUGAUGUGAAGGUGGAUGUAAGUACAAGGAGGGUAAGGUGUUAUGAUUUGCUUCUUCGGAUUCUGGGGUUGGCCUUGACAAUGGUGGCUGCAAUUGUGGCUGGUGUUAAUAAAGAGACUGAGACCAUUCCUGUCACUCUUGUGGACGGCAUGCCUCCUUUGCGUGUCCCGGUAACUGCUAAGUGGCAGCAAAUGUCAUCUACUGUAUACUUUGUCACGUCCAAUGCUAUAGCAUGUGCAUACUCAGCGAUAUCAUUGGUACUCCUUUUGGCGACGAGGAAUAGGAAAAACAAUGUUGCAUUGGCACUUCUUAUGUUGGACCUCAUCAUGGUGGCGCUGCUCUUCUCCGCCAACGGGGCAGCAGCGGGAAUCGGAAUCAUCGCACUUAAUGGGAACUCACACGUCCAGUGGCACAAGGUGUGCAAUGUUUUUCCCAAUUACUGCCGCCGUGGUGCAGCUUCCAUCGUGAUGUCUAUGCUUGGAUCCGUGGUCUUUCUUUGGCUGGUGGUGCUUGCUGCUUUAGACCUUCACAGGAAAUCUAGGUGAAGUAGAAUUAGGGGGUGGUCUAAUAAGCAGUUUUUUCACUGCACUGGUGGUGGUCUUUAUUAAAUCAAUCGUAUGGCUAUUGGACUAGCUGUUAAUGCUUAGUUGUGCUUGUGCUUGUGCUUGUUUACUAGCUACAUUUGUACCCAAACAAUUAUAUAAAUCUUGCAUUGAUGUGCUAAUAUUGUAGCAAACUUUGCUACAGACACACAAACCGCGUACAUGAGCACAUAGACAAACACAGAUUAUUUUCAUGAUCUUUAUUGCGUAACAUUUUGAACUCACCUUAAAGGAGGAAAGAGUAAAUGGAAAGCCAAACCAUCCCAAUCAUGUUCUUGGAAUUGGC